AGCAACAGAAGAAGAAAAAAGGUCAUCGUCCGUAAGCACUCAUUAUAAAAACACAGUAACUUCGUUAACUUCACAACUCCUCUCGAUAAUUAGUGGAGCUGUGGUGUGAUCAGCUGUAGACAGAGCAGAUAGCAGAGAUGAUGCUAGCUGAAAAUGCUAACUGGAGCUUUGUUGUCAUUGAGUAGAAGUCAGUCGAGGCUGAAGCACUGAUCUGAUCCUGACAGCACUGACGCUCCGAGCUGCUGCUUGUUGUCUGUGUGAGCUCAGUGCAGCUGCUGUGGUGAGUCUGUCAAACUGUGUGGCCUCAACUGUGACACCCUGCACGUUUAGCUAGCUAACGCGGCAGCUAACACAGGGUGGUGGGAUUGGAACGAUGUAGAGUGUGGGGACAUGUUUGAAGACCAUGGCUGCAGAGUCAGUCAUUUCCUCCUGGCUGCCUGACGUCGGCUUGAAGGAAUGAUACAGACGCAGGGUGACAUGGAUCUUCCUCUGACAGCAGCUCUGCUCAUGGACUGGGACAGGUCAUGAUUUCAUACUCAGCAGCACCAGCGAUGUCUGUGAGCUCGCUCCUGCGGUGCAGCCUCAGGCUGGAGAGGAAACAUGUGGCCACACGUUUGGUCCAGCAGAGAGCUCUGUCAGGGGCGGAUACUGUCAACGCACUCAGACCGUUUUACUUUGCUGUCCAUCCAGACUUCUUUGGUCAACAUCCCAGAGAACGGGAAGUGAAUGAGAACUCAUUAAAGAGACUUAAUGGCUAUCUGGAAAACUUGCAGAAGACUGGCUCACGCUCAGUUCAGCCAAUGAAGCUCACCUUUUAUGUCAGGGACACGAAAGACAACAGUGAUAUGCAGCCAGACCUCCUCACCCCAGGGUUCCGGUCAGUGAGCUUCACCCUACACACACAUGAUGUCUUGAGCACAGUGAUCAAUGUGUUAAAGUCCUGCAGCCUGUCUGUGGAGCACAUGAAAGGACUGAAAGCAAGUGCAGAGACAUCUCAAAAUCCUCGUGAGGCAGGAGUGCCUUUCUAUAGACCCAUCAAAUGGGAUAAGAGCUACUACACCUUCACUGGUUUCAGGGACCCUGAGCAGGAGCUGCAGCAGGCCAGGAAAAUUGAGCCUACACUCAGCUUGUGGCUGAGAAAAAAUGAGCCUGAAGCAACAAAGAAGCUCAAUGCUAGUCUUCCUCGGAGAGAGGAGCUGAACAGACUGAAGAGGGAGCUGUGUCACAAGUUUGAUCUGGCUGGUUUCAGGUGGCAGCGCAGCUGGGGAGUGGCCCACAGAUGCUCUCAGCUUCAGAGUCUGAGCCGUCUGUCACAGCAGAGCCCAGAGGCCCUGAUCCACCUGCAAGGACACACGGUUAUGUUUGCUGACCAGUCAGGGAUGAAUGCCUCUGGACACGUCAUGCUGGGAACCAUGGACGUUCAUCAUCAGUGGACCAAACUGUUUCAGCAGCUGCACAGCUAUCGUAGCCUGCAGCAGCAGACCGACUGGCUGAAGGAGAGGAUCAGCCUCCUGCUGGGUGGUGCUCAGGUGGUCUACAUGGAGAGACUGGGACCAGUUCAGCCUAUCACUGAGCAUUACAGCACCCUCAGCACCUUCCAUAAGAGCCUGAUGUCCCGACACCUUCGACUGCACCCCAGAAGCCUGCAGGGGCUCACCAUGUUAUUGAGGAAUGAUCGCUCUAACCUUAGUCUGCAUGAGAUGGGGCACUUCAUCAUCCCAACCAACUGUGACCCUCCCAAGCUGCAGGUCUUCCUCCAGAGCCACGCCCACGAGGCCAGACAGCGCACCCAAUGCAAAAAACAGCUGCAGGCAGAGGAGGAUGCUGUGGUGAAGCAGUGUCUCCAGAGUCUGUCUCUGAGGAGUCUGUCCAAGGAGCCCAGUGUCAGUUCCAGUCAAAUGAUCCUGUGCUGUAAAAGGCUGCUGGAGCAGCGCUCCCCCCUCAUGCAGGGCCUACACAUCCGUGUCUCUCACUUCUACUCUGUCAUGCAGGAUGGGGACCUGUGUCUUCCCUGGGACUGGAAGAGCUGAGCUGGAGAGAGCAGUCUCCAGCUGCAGGAUUUCACUCAGUCAAGAGUUAGAAAGACAUAUUUUUCAGUUUGGUGUUUAGGCAGCAAAUACACAUCUGUAACAGGACUGUUUGGGAGAUGUCAGGUCAACAGAUGUCAUAUCUGAUGGUUCUCAAGGGAAACCUCAAGUGGUUCAUUCAAGCUGACCACUGUGGGCUUGUCCAAUAAAAAGCACUUUAUCCUCCUGCUGGAAAAGCCCAACAGGAGGAUUGGAUGGUCUGCAGAUGUCAAAGCUUCCCAAUAUUAGUAUUCACAUUAAUUAAUACUGCUGCAUAAACUUGGGUUUUUGUACUUUUCCCCAUUGUUUGCUUAUCUCCUAACUAGACAAUCUGUGUUGGCAAUAUUUGACUUGUAAUGGCGAGAACCCAAACGGUUGGGAACCAGUGUUACAUGUGCAAUAGGAUUGAGGUUUUCAGAGUUAGAACUUUGUCAUAGGCUUGGUUUGAGAAAGUCAAUAUUUAUUGUCGCUGUGUGAAUUGCACUGGGAAGGAAUAAAAUAAUGGUUCUGUUAAACACACUCCCUGUGAGCUAAAUGUAAACAGAAAUAGUUACCACACCACCGAUGAUCGACUGAUAUAAGUUCGGUUUGCUUGAAAUAAGUCCGACCACAUCUAAAGGCCUCUGUACUUGUUCACAGAAAAAGUGACAGAAUGUGGAAGAUAAUAGUUGAGAAGUUUGUUAUUUCAAACCAUAGCUCCUUCUAGAGAUCACAACAGUAACUGGAAUGUAUGUGACUGUGGGAAGACAUUUCACCGGGCAUUAACAAAGACUCUAUUGUGUCACGUAACCUUAUGAUCCAGCACCUGAAACAUUAAGUUGCUAUGUACGAGCCGGACUGGGGAUUUUGUAAACAUGAGACAUUUCAGAUGCUGGUGUAGAGUCUGAGUCCUUCAGUUAUGGAUCCAUGCUUAUUUUGUGGCUGGGUCUGUUUAAACAAUACAUUGAAACACACAGGGAGGUGGAGAAAUCUGAUCCCUGGCUGUGUCUGAAAUCUCCAUCUUUCACUGCUGCCUCUGCUGACCCUACAUAGUGAGUGAGACUUUAAACCUUUUACCUUCUUCAUCUUAAAGCAUCACUACUGCUUAUAAUUCUCACAUCUAAAAAAUGUAGCAUAUUGCAUCGUGUCCAUGGCGUGGACUUCAUUCAUUCAAUCAUGUAGUUUGAGGGCAAGUCUGGUGGAGUCCUUGUGCACACUCAAAUAAAAUGAGGGCUGGUGUGCACCGUAUAGUAAAUGGGGAGCGAUUUUGGACACAGCCAUAGUUUUGAACUUAUAAUAAAAUAAAAUGGCAACUUCAGACUAUAAUGUUAAUUUUGACUCCCAUCAAUGGGAGAGGACCAACUGAAUUAAUAGUUCAUCACAUUCGCUCCCUGAUUCUGUCGACUCUCAGUGGAGGAUGUAGUAAAAAUGCAAAGUAAAAAAACAGUCUAUAAUGUGAUUUAAUGUAAUACGUUUUUUAAAUUUUAUGCAAAAUUUUACAUUAUGACUCCAGUGCAACCUUUUAUAUGCAAUAACAUCUCACACAGUAUAUUGUAAUACAUUCAAAUGUAUUGCUUUAGUGGCCAGACUGUAUUUUGCUCAUCUUAAUGCUGGUAUUAUGGUUUGCAUGAUUCACAGUCCAACUAU